AUGCGGGUCUCGAUGCGGAAAGAGAAGCACAAAUACAUCCGGCUGCUGCGUCGUCUAAAGUUGACACCACAGGAUGAGAUCCAGGGCAUCCUGGAGUCAAUCGCGCUUCCAGAAGAGGAUUAUAUGGAAGACACUGACAUUACCUCGACACAGCCUACUUCAGAGACGCCAGAAGUUCAGACAGGCCCGGGAGAUGAAGAUGAAGAUGGAUCUCCAGAUUCACCUGAAAGCAUGCUCGAUGUCUCGACAUUCCUUUCGGUUGACGACAAAGGGAGUCUAAAUCCCAUCGGACCUUCAUCAGCCUUACAUUCAAAGGUACAACUACCGGGCCUGCGAAACGCCUUGGACAUUACGCACAUCAAGAACCAACUAGUGGCCAAUGCGAUUUUGACCCGCCAAGGCGAGAUUGAGAUCUACGACAAGAUCUCCCAUGUCGACCAAGUCCCCAUCGAGCUGGCCAUGCAUCUACUGAAUCUGCACUGGAACCGCCAACAUCACAGUUUUCUUCUGACGUAUCGACCGGCAGUCAUGCGAGAUUUGGUCAGUGGAGGCCAAUACUCGUCCAAAUUCAUGAUGAAUGCGAUUUUCGCGUGCGCCAGCAAGUUCUCGGAUCGGCUUGAUAUCAGGGAAGACAUCAACAACCCACUCACGGCCGGUGCGCGGUUCUUUCGUCGCUGCAACGAACUUCUUGGAUCGGAGAACUUACUGCUGAAACCGAGUAUCCCAACUGUGGUCGGGCUGCUCCUGCUCGGAUCGACUUACAAUGCUCGUGGAGAAGUAUCCAAAGGAUGGCUUUUGACGGGCUAUGGUUUGCGAAUGAUUUAUGAUCUCGGACUGCAUCUUGAUCGAGAUGUCACACUUGAGAACGCCGAGGAGAUCGAGAUACGCCGGCGAGUGUUCUGGGGCGCUUUCAUCAACGACAAACUGCAGAGCUUGUACUUAGGCCGACCCAUCGCCAUCCAUAUCCAAGAUACCCACGUCUCGUUGGACUUCAUGGACGUGCUUGACGAGAGAGAGCCGUGGAUCCCAUACAAUUCUGCCUCUCAAAGCUACCUCAACGAUUCCCAACCAAAAGCCACGCCGAAACCAAUGUACUCGGUGUCCUGCUUCCGCGAAUUCUGCCGCCUAUCCAAAAUCAUGACCCGGAUCAUCAACAAUUUCUAUGUGAUCGGCUCGAAUGCCGCGUCCGCAAAAGCCAGCCUGAAGGGCAUCGAAGACUCGCUGACCUGGUGGAAAGAGAACCUGUCUCCACAAUUGCGACUCGACACACUCACUUCCACCGAACCCUUUCCUCCAUCAACUUCAACUCCAAUUCUAACAACCUCAACAUCGAACCGCAACCCAACACCCAACAUUCUCCACCUACACGGGAUUUACCACUCACUGAUCAUCCUCCUCUACCGGCCCUUUGUCACCGGCGGCCACCUCCUCACCACCACCAGCAGCACCUCCUCCUCCCCAAGCACGAACAACAGCCCCGCACACGCCUGGCAACACUGCACUUCGUCGGCGAAAAGCAUCACCGCGCUCGCCACACACUACCAGACGCAAUACACGCUGCGCGGCGCCCCAUACCUCCUCAGCUACGCCGUGUACGUGGCAUGCACGAUCCACGUGCGCAACGUCGCGGCGUCCGCGUUCGCGGUGGCGGCGGCGGCGGGGGUGGGGGCGGCGGCCCCCACAGCGUACCACGAGCAGGCCAACUCGCGCUCGAGCUCGGCCGCGACUACACGCGCAGGCGUCGCAUCGUCGGAGCAUUGCGCGCACCUGGCCGCGAGUCUGCGCUGUCUGGACGAGCUGACGCUGCCGAACCCGGGGGUUUCGCGGCCCGCCAAGAUCAUUCGCGCGUUGAUGGCGUCGUUGAAGGUCGCGGAUGUCUCGGCUGUGAUGGGAGGAGUGCAGCAGGCACUGCUGGAUUGUGGGGAUGAGGCUGCGUUGGGGGAUUCGUAUAAUGGUGGUGGUGGUUGUGGUCGCGCCGCUGCUGCUGUUGUUGCUGAGAAUGCUCAUCAUGUGCAGCGCCACCAGGCACAGGCACAGGGAUUGGAGCGGGAGCCGCAACAGGAAUUCGAUCUCGAUGCCAUUAUUUCCGGCUUUACUGCUACAACUACCACGAAUACCAAUUCCAAUAAUGCACUGGGUGGGGAGUCGAGGCUGAACGCUGCGGUCCGUGGUGGAGGAGGGCAGAUGGAGGCCGAAAUAGAUGUCUUCCCAUCGGGCGGGUGGUUCAUGCCUGGCCACACGUCGCAGCAUGACUUGCUCUACGGGUUUAUGGAUGUUGGGCUGCCUGAUUAUGAGCCUUUUGUCUUGGAAGAUGGCGAGGUGUUUGGGAUGGGGGAUGCGAUGUUGUGA